AUGAGCUCUAACUUUUACACGUACUCGUACGACUCGGGAAAGUUUACGCAGGCGGCUAGUCUCAGUAAACAGCCCAGAGCUGAAGGCGGCAUGGUCUGGAUACCUGCCGACGACACUCUCAGCCAACUUGUGUAUCUGGGAGGCAUUGUUGACCCUUAUGGUAACAACACGGAAGCUCCCCAGCCAUUCGAUGAAGUCUUCGUCUUUGAUGCCAAGGGAAACUCUUGGUCAACCAAGAAGACGACUGGGGAGAUACCCCAGAACAGGCGUCAGUUAUGCGUCGAUGUGGCGUGGGCACCAGACAAGUCUUCCUUCAACAUCUGUCUCUGGGAAGGAUUGAGCGUUCAACCACCCGUUGUCAAUGCAACCUCAUUCAACGACAUCUACAUCCUGACCCUCCCCUCGUUCAUCUGGGUGAAAGCUUACCCUGACCGUCACGGAAACGCGACCCUCCCACCAGAGUACGACCACUACAGCGCAUCAUGUAACAUGGUCAAACACAUGUCGCAGCUCUUUGUCAUCGGAGGCACCUACACCGACACAGACGCCUGCGAUCUAGCGUAUGAUGCUUGGUCAAUGCACAACUUCUGGACUGGAACGAAUAACAACGCUGGGAAUAAUGAGACGUACUGGGAUAUCUACAACCCUAACAUUACGGAGAACGUCGUGCCCGUCGAUGUGUACAACGUCACUGUUGGAAACAAGAAAGGCGGUGCGAAAUUGGUGGCCCCCAGACCUCAGACUCACGUCUCACCUUCAGCUCAUACCGGCAUCAAAUGGCAAUUCAACACUGCUCUGUAUGCAGUACCUCGCUGGGAAAGACACCACGAUGACCACUUCAACGACUCGCACAUACCUUAG